CAUCACGAUGGCGAAAGAAAAACAUAGUUUUUGCAAAUAACUUUUCCUUAGUUUUCCACUAACGGUCACUAAAGCAAUAUUCCAGGUCAGUAAGAGACAAAAUAAGAUGGAGGCUGCCUCACAAAAUCAAGUCGGUGCUAAUAACACAAGAGAAGGAAGAGGGAAUGGCAAUAAUCGCAAUAACAGGCGACGCGGGGGACGCGGUGGGCGCGGAGGACGCGGUGGACGCGGUGGUCGAGGCGGACGAGGUGGACGCGGAGGGAGGAAUAGGAACUCUGAGAACGGAGAAAACAGUCAAAAUAGGAACUAUCCCAAAAAGCACAAGGAAGAGAACAUGGAUUCUUCCAAUACCAAUAACAAACGUCCCAAAAAAAUUAAGAAUACACCACCUGCACGCAAUGAGAAUGGUAGCACGCAUGGCGGAUCUGCUUCCGAGUCGAAGAAAUUGGCGCACAUCACAAACAACAGAUUCGCCGAUCUCAAAAUCUCUGCUGAAAGUCGACGCGCAAUGGCAGAAGUAUUUCAGUACGAAUUCAUGACGGCUGUGCAGUCCGAAACAUUGCCUUUGAUCUUGAAGGAGAAUAAGGACUGUCUUGCUAAAGCGAAGACAGGAACAGGAAAGACUCUCGCGUUCAUGAUCCCAACCAUCGAAAAGAUCACUGCAUCCCUGUCGAAAAAUGGAAAGCAACGUUCUGAUAUUUGUUGCUUGGUCAUUUCUCCCACUCGCGAGCUUGCCCAACAGAUCGGAUCCGAAACUGAGAAACUUUUGUCCUUUCACAAGAGCUAUCUUAGAAAAGUCGUGGUGUGCGUGGGUGGAACUAACAAGAACAAAGAUAUCAAGUCCCUUGUUGGGACUACGCCUAUCGUUGUAGCAACUCCGGGUCGAUUGUUAGAUCAUUUGCAAAAUGGUGGUCUUGCAGAGCGUAUGAAUCGCCUCGAUACACUCAUUUUCGACGAAGCUGAUCAGUUAUUAGACAUGGGAUUCAGACCAGAUAUUGAGCGCAUCCUUCGCCUGUUGCAACCCAGCCAAGAAACACGACAAACUCUGUUGUUUUCAGCCACUAUACCUGAUUCGGUCUCUGAAAUUGCUGGUAUUGCCAUGCGUGGCGACUACAAUUUUGUAGAUACCGUUGGCGAGGACAGUGAGCAAACUCAUUUGCACGUUCAGCAACAACUCAUGGUGACUCCCCAAGCGCUAUCGGUCCAAGCUCUGGCCAACGUUUUGGAGCGUGAAACCAAAAGCAACAAAGAUUACAAGAUCAUUGUGUUCUUUACAACCGCACGCCUUACAGGAUUUAUGGCAGAACUUUUCAACUCAGUACAAAAAGAAACCGGGUAUGAUGUCCUCGAAAUCCAUUCUCGCAAAUCUCAAAAGCAACGGGAACGAGCCUCUGAAGAAUUUCGGCGGAGAAAGAAUGCUGUAAUGUUCAGUUCUGACGUUACGGCACGUGGUAUGGAUUAUCCAGAUGUUUCUUUUGUUUUGCAAGUUGGUUUGACCGAUCGAUCUCAGUACAUUCAUCGACUUGGACGAACCGCUCGAGCUGGAAAGGACGGAAAAGGGGGACUUUUGCUAGCGGACUACGAAAGAGAUUACAUGGUGAAGAAAGAACUUGCCGAUAUGCCGCUUGAAGUAACGCCUGUCCCCAACCUAGAUCAGGCAACCGCUGCUAUAUCUAAAGCAAUUCAAAAUGUAAGCAAGAAAAAUGACUUGCGCAACUCUGCUGAACAAGCCUAUCGAGCCUGGCUCGGUUAUUACAAUGGUCACCUGAAGAAAGUUCGGUGGGACAAGAAGACUCUUGUUCAACAUGCUAAUAUGUGGGGCAUUGAAGUCGGUUUGAAAGAACAGCCUAGUCUCCAGAAAAGGACGAUUGGCAAAAUGGGACUUCGGGGAACUCCUGGUCUUGUCAUCGAGAACUAAACGAUACGAUAACACACAAUAAAUGCAUUAUAGAAUA